AUGAAGCAUGACGAUAAAGACGGCGAAGGUCGUGGGCUACCGAACCCUACAAACAUCGAUAAGCGGUCUGCAUACUACAUCUGGCGAUCAGGUUUGGCUGGUGGUGUGGCCGGAAGUUGUGCGAAAACUUUGAUUGCGCCGCUAGACCGUAUAAAAAUUCUCUUUCAAACUUCCAAUCCACACUACCUGAAAUACUCAGGGUCCAUGCUGGGAUUGCUGCAAGCGGGCAUGCACAUCAAGACUUACGAUGGGAUCAGAGGCUUUUAUCAGGGUCAUUCUGCUACCUUGGUUCGGAUUUUUCCCUACGCUGCCAUCAAGUUUAUUGCAUACGAACAGAUUCGGUAUCUUAUGAUACCGUCUAAGGACUACGAGACUCCAACGCGUCGAUUGGUCAGUGGUUCAUUGGCAGGCCUUUGCAGCGUUUUCAUGACAUACCCAUUGGACCUUAUAAGAGUCAGAUUAGCAUAUCUCACAGACCACAAACGCAUCAAAAUGCUGCCAGUGAUAAAACGUAUUUAUUCCGAGCCGGCAUCGGAUACACUCACAUCGAAGCACAUAGUGCCGAAGUGGUUCGCCCAUUGGUGCAAUUUUUAUCGUGGGUUUACGCCAACAGUCUUGGGUAUGAUACCAUACGCGGGUGUAUCUUUUUUCGCUCAUGACUUAUGCGGCGAUUUUUUGAGAAGUCCACUUCUAGCUCCCUACUCUGUGCUUCGAAUAUCUGACGAAGAAUUACAGGUGCGAUCGAAAUAUGCCGGUAAUAGACCUCUGAUGACAUGGGCCGAAUUGACGGCUGGUGGUCUCGCAGGCAUGGCUGCUCAGACCGCAUCUUAUCCUUUUGAGAUCAUCAGACGUCGUCUUCAGGUAAGUGUUGUAUCCCCCACAGCGAUCCACAAUUUUCAAACAAUACCGGAAAUGUUUCGAGUCAUCUACAUGGAACGAGGCUGGAGAGGUUUUUUUGUGGGGUUGAGCAUUGGCUACAUCAAGGUUACACCGAUGGUGGCCUGCAGUUUUUUCGUAUACGAAAGAAUGAAGUGGUAUUUGGGCAUCUAA